AUGGCUAAUAUGGAUUCUCAAUCUCCUAUCAAUACGGACUCUCCCAACUCCAACCCUCCAGCCCAACAGGCCCCCAAAUCAUCAUGGCGACAACUCUUCCUCUUCACCAGAAAAUCCCACACAGGUGCCCUCAUCGCCGCCCUAAUAGCAGCUGUCUUCACAGCCGCCUUCAAGACCGUGCUCGCCGUCAUCCUCGGCAAGAUCUUUGAUGUCAUUGCAGGUUUCGGAAACGGCUCCCUCAGCAAGUCCGAGACCUUGUCCGACAUCUCCAUGUGGUCUCUUGUUCUCCUCGGCCUUGGAAUCGGCAACUGGAUCGCUAGUACCGCUUUCCUUGCACUCUGGGUGGUCUUUGGGGAGUUACAGGCUUGCAGUGUUCGGCGGGACAUGUUUGCUAGUUUGUUGUCGAAGGAUAUGGCUUGGUUUGAUGCACAAACGGAGGGAAUUUCUAGUCUUCUUAUUCGGAUUCAGACACAAACUCGAGAGCUUCAGCUUGCAACCUCCCAAGUUCUAGGCCUUCUCGUCUGUGACCUCAUCACAUCCCUAGGUUCUCUCGGAAUCGCCCUCUACUACUCCUGGAAACUCACAUUGGUACUCCUAGCCACUCUACCAAUCUCAGCCAUCAUCCUCUCGCUCGCCACACAAAGACUCGAACCCGCCAUCCAAGGCCAAAAACGAGAAAUGGCAGCUGCUUCAAAGUUUGCCGUCGCUUCGAUUACCGCCAUCGAUCUCGUCAAGGUGUUCAACGGGUAUGAUCAGGAGGUGUGGCAGUACUAUCCUGCCAUCAAGGCCGCGGCGAAGCAUUACCUCGUUCAAGCACAAUGCAACGCGAUACAGAUGGGCUACGUCGCCUUCUGGGUUGUGACAAUGUUUGUCAUCGGAUUCUGGUAUGGUGUUGUUCUUGUCAAUGAUGGUCUUCCGCCAGGAUAUGUGUUGACGACCUUUUACGCCACUCUCGCAUCGUUUCAAGGCAUUGAGGCUUUGAUGCCGCAGUGGUUGGUCAUUGCAAAGGGCAUGUCGGCUGGCGGGUUCCUGUCGAGCAUCACAUUGGACUUGAUGGGUGGUCGGUCUGUCAAGACCAUGACUGGCUCGUUGAAGCCAGAGAGUUGCAGCGGUGAUAUCGAGCUCAACAACGUGAGCUUCGCAUACCCUUCAAAUCCAAACCAAAAAGUGCUGAACCAGUCCGACUUCUUCUUUCCUGCCGGAGAAUUAACUUACAUCGUCGGGAGGAGUGGUUCUGGGAAGAGUACACUCGGCAACCUCAUAGUCGGCUUCUACGAACCAACAACUGGCCAAGUUCAAGUCGACAAUCACCCCCUACAAGUUCUCGAUCGACAGUGGCUACGCGAGAACAUCACCUUGAUUCAGCAAUCCAGCAUUCUUUUCAACGAAACAUUCUUCAAGAACGUGGCAUUCGGCCAUAGUAACCCCGAUGAGGCGACGCGAUCCGAGGUGAUCAGUGCCUGUGACGCAGCACUACUUCAAUCUACACUUGCAACACUUCCUGGGGGAGUUGAUACAUAUGUCGGCGCUGAUGGCUACAACUUGAGCGGCGGACAGAAGCAGCGGUUAGCACUCGCCAGGGCCCGACUUCGAGAUCCUCCUGUGCUCAUCCUUGAUGAAAUCACGAGUGGUUUGGACCAGGUCAGCAGAGCUCUCAUCAUGGACGCUAUCCGAGACUGGCGACGCGGCAAGACGACAAUCAUUAUUACGCACGAUGUGUCCCAAAUCGAGCCUAAUGACUUUAUCUACGUGAUGGACAAUGCGUCUCUUGUCCAGGAGGGCUUCAGGCGAGACUUGGAACGACAAAUUGACGGCGUCUUUGCCACGCUUGCAUCAAUCAUACCAGGCGAACCGGAGACGCCCAUAGAAAUCACCAUCACAUCCCCCGAAACACCCAUCUCCCCAGUAUUUCCUCUACCAACAAAAGCAUCAAGGCUCUCUCAGUUGCUCGUCGGAGAACUAGAGAGACGGUCCCUCAGUCCGGCCCCAACCGGCCUAUCACGACCUGUAUCGCUGGGAGCAAGCACAGCAGCAGCUCUUCGACUCAAGACAGCUCAGAUCUGGGAAUCCGAGACUCCCCUGGAACUUGAGCGGCCAAAGUCGGUAGCCAUCAGCUCACCGACGGCGAUAUCUGAGAAGUAUAGUAUAGCACUUAGGAGUCAUAGCAGCAUGGACGCCAUUGACGCUUUGGAAUCAGAAGACCCGACAGUUGAUGAGCCGCGGUAUCUGUUUGGAGGAGCCGAUCGUCGCAAGAAUAGGUCGAAACUCAGGCUGGCCAGGAUCGACGAAAAGACUGCUGCAGACGGCACCGGCAGCGAAGCUAAGGACCUUCCUCCGCCAAUGUCCCUGGUGGCCAUUCUGAAAACCGUUUGGCCCGCGCUCGGAUCUCGACAUCGGAUCAUUCUCAUCCUUGGAGUCUUGACGUGCUUUGUUGGAGCUGGAGCCAUUCCCACGUUUGCGUAUUGCUUCGCACAGCUCCUAGGAGUCAUGUGGUCGUCCGGAAACAAGUUGGCUGAAGGACGGAAAUGGGCCAUCUACCUCAUCAUCAACGCCGUCGCCGACGGAUUGUGCACUGGCGGUGGUCGCUAUCUCCUCGAAGUUGUCGGCCAAGCCUGGGUCAACACCAUCCGCGUAGAGGCGCUCAAAAGAAUCCUCCGACAGCCCAGACCAUGGUUCGACAGAUCGCGCAACUCUCCCGGUCGCAUCAAUGAGUGUAUGGAUAGGAACGCCGAGGAGAUGCGCAACAUUGUCGGCCGGUUCGUACCCAUCGUCAUCGUCGUGACUGCCAUGAUCUCGGUGGCCGUCAUCUGGGCGAUGGUCGUGUCUUGGAAGCUGACUCUCGUGGCACUCGCUCCUUUGCCGGUCGUUAUGGGCUCCGUCAAGGGAUAUACGAUUGUGAGCGGAAAGUGGGAGGUGAACUGCAACAAGGGGGCUGAAGAUUCGAGUGCGACUUUGACAGAGAUAUUUCUCAACAUUCGAGUCGUGAGAGCGCUCACGUUGGAAAAGUACAUGAGCAACAAGUACUUCAAGACUGUCAUCCACACUCUUGGCCUCGGGAAGAAGAGAGCGGGAUACACAAGUCCCUUAUUUGGACUGUACCAGUCGCUCAACUAUCCCCUUACCGCGCUCGUCUUCUACUAUGGAACGGUGCUGCUGGCGUCUAAGCAGCAGAUCACAGCAACGGCCGUGGUGCAGGUGGUGAACCUCCUCUUGUUCAGCAUAGGCACGUCGACAAGCAUCCUCAGCACGAUCCCGCAGGUGACGAUGGCUCAAGCAACGGCAGCUCAGAUGCUGGGUUACGCUAACAUGCGUGUGCCACUGUCAGCAGAGAACCAGGCAAUGCAGAAGCCAAGUACACCACUACCAGUGCAGUUCAACCAUCUCGGAUUCUCGUACAAGCCGGGUUGUGAACGACCAGUCUUGCGGGGGUUGUCGUUUGAUGUGCAUGCUGGAGAUUGUCUGGCCAUCGUGGGUCGUUCUGGCUGUGGCAAGUCGACUGUCAUUUCGAUGUUGCUGGGCCUUUAUGAACCUUUGCAGCCCAUAAUCCUAAGGGCGGCAUCACCGCUCACUUUUGCUGGCAUCUCAUAUGCUGACGUCGAUAUCGAGCAUCUCCGGUCGAUGAUGGGAUACGUGCCGCAAACACCAUUCCUAUUUCCAGCCACCAUCGCCGAGAACAUUGCCUAUGGUCUUGGUGAGCUCUCCCCAUUACGACGGAUCCAGAACCUCAUAUCUGCAGCGCAAGCAGCUGGUCUUCAUGAGUUCAUUGUGUCACUACCAGAAGGAUACAACACAAGGGUCGGUGAUGGCGGACAGGCCCUUUCAGGCGGACAAGCACAACGGUUGAGUAUCGCACACGCUCUAGCCAGGAAUCCACUCCUCCUCGUCCUAGACGAACCUACCAGCGCACUCGACGCAGAAAGCUCCGAGAUGAUUCGACAGACGAUGCAGAAACUAGCCGACAAGUCGAGACGGAACCGCGGUGGAAUGGCAAUCGUGGUGGUGACACAUAGCAAGGAGAUGAUGGCGAUUGCAGACCGGAUCGUGGUGCUUGAAGAUGGAGUCAAGGUUGAGGAAGGGACAUAUCAUGGAUUGAUGCACGCAAGAGGGCCUUUUGCGCAUUUGGUAGGUAGCGGAAGCUGGACGGGAGAUGAAUCGUCGAAAGCUAGUGGUAGUGGCGGAGGGUUUCCUGGUGUAAGCGGCGAUGAAAAGCAGUAA